UCCGUUUUUCUCACAGACUUCCUUUGCUCAAAGCCAAACCAAAUUUUCUCUCUUUCACUUAUUUAUUGACUCCCCAAAAGCUUUUCAAAUAUCUCUGUUCCUCUCUCACGUACCUUCUCCCUAUCUUUCACUCCACUUCUUAACACCACAAAACAGAAUAACGGCCGAGCAAACAACAAGAAAAAUGGUGUUGUUGUCCAAAGCAACAACAGAACAAUACUCCUACAUUAAGAACUGCAUGCCAACCAAAUUUUCCUCAACAAUUCCCAUAGUGGACCUCUCCAAACCUGAUGCAAAGACCCUUAUAGUGAAGGCUUGUGAGGAGUUUGGAUUCUUCAAAGUCAUCAAUCAUGGUGUCUCCAUGGAAGCUAUAUCCGAAUUGGAAUAUGAAGCCUUCAAAUUCUUCUCUAUGUCACUCAAUGAAAAGGAAAAAGUAGGACCUCCCAAUCCAUUUGGGUAUGGUAGCAAGAAAAUUGGACACAAUGGGGACGUUGGUUGGAUUGAGUACCUUCUUCUCAACACCAAUCAAGAACACAACUUCUCUGUUUAUGGCAAAAACCCUGAGAAAUUCAGGUGUCUGUUGAACAGUUACAUGUCUUCUGUGAGGAAGAUGGCAUGUGAGAUUCUUGAGUUGAUGGCAGAAGGGUUGAAGAUUCAGCAAAAGGAUGUGUUUAGCAAGCUUCUAAUGGAUAAACAAAGUGACUCUAUUUUCAGGGUGAAUCAUUACCCUGCUUGUCCUGAAAUGACUCUGAAUGAUCAGAACUUGAUUGGGUUUGGAGAACACACAGACCCACAAAUCAUCUCUCUGUUAAGAUCCAACAACACUUCAGGCCUUCAGAUUUAUCUUAGAGAUGGAAAUUGGAUUUCAGUCCCACCAGAUGACAAAUCCUUUUUUAUUAACGUUGGUGAUUCUCUUCAGGUUAUGACAAAUGGAAGGUUCCGAAGUGUGAGACACAGAGUGUUGGCAAAUGGGUUCAAGUCCAGGCUUUCAAUGAUUUACUUUGGAGGUCCACCUUUGAGUGAGAAAAUAGCACCAUUAUCCUCUCUCAUGAAAGGAAAAGAAAGUCUAUAUAAAGAGUUUACCUGGUUUGAGUACAAAAAAUCAAUCUACGGUUCAAGAUUAUCUAAAAAUAGACUUGAACAUUUUGAAAGAAUUGCAGCUUCGUAAUAUAUAUUCUAGAGAAUUGUUUGAGACACUUGUCAAUACAAAAUGGGAGAUUACAAUAUGUAGUUUGUAUACUAUAAAUGCUUUUUUUUUUUUUUUUUUUACUUUUAAGGUUAUUUAUCAAUCAGAAGGCUUCAUAGACAUGAUAACAUAUGUAUCCAUUUUGUUUAAAUGCUAGUGAAUGACAUCUAAUGUUGUUAUCAAGGGACAUUUGUUAAUGGUCAAAAACUUGACACAAAUUGCAGUAAAGCAUUAUAAGAAUAAA